AUGGGAAGCAAUCAGACAUAGAUCACAGAAGUCAUCCUGCUGGGAUUCCAGGUUGACCCCAAACUUGAAGUUUUCCUCUUUGGGUUCUUCUUGCUAUUCUGUAGCCUCACCCUGAUGGGAAAUGGGCUCAUCCUGGGGCUCAUCUGGCUGGACUCCAGACUGCACACCCCCAUGUACUUCUUCCUCUCAAACCUGGCCAUUGUUGACAUGGCCUAUGCCUCAAGCAUUGUCCCCAAGAUGCUGGCAAAUCUUAUAAUGCAGAUGAAAACCAUCUCCUUUGUUCCAUGCUUACUUCAGACAUUUUUGUAUUUGACAUUUGCUGUCACAGAGUGUAUGAGUUUGGUAGUAAUGUCCUAUGAUCGGUAUGUGGCUAUCUGCCAUCCCCUACAUUACACUGUCAUCAUGAGCUGGAGGAUAUGCACUAUCAUGGCUGCCACUUGCUGGAUAUUCAGCUUCCUCUUAGCUCUGAUCCAUAUUACUCUCAUUCUGAGGUUGCCCUUUUGUGGGCCACAAAAAAUCAACCACUUUUUCUGUCAAAUCAUGUCAGUAUUCAAAUUGGCCUGUGCUGACACUAGAUUCAGCCAAAUUGUUCUCUUUGCGGGCUCUGUGUUUGUUUCAGUAGGGCCCCUCUGCUUGGUGCUGGUGUUCUAUAUGCGCAUCCUGUUUGCCCUCCUGAGGAUCCAGUCUGGGGAGGGCCCACAGGAAGGCCUUCUCCACCUCUGCGUGGUGGGGCUCUUCAUUGGCAGCGCCAUUGUUAUGUAUAUGGCCCCUAAAUCCAGCCAUUCUCAGGAACAAAGAAAGAUUCUACCAUUGUUUUAUAGUCUUUUCAACCCUAUGCUAAACCCACUGAUCUACAGCCUGAGGAAUGCAGAGGUGAAGGGUGCCCUGAGGAGAUUUCUGAGGAAGAAGUCAUCAGUGUGA